CUUUCACUAAAAGGUCGCGUUUUUCUUGGAAAACAUCUAACCCGAGUACGACUCGUUUUGAUUCAAGUUUGUUUUCGAAUUACCCUCGUUCAGGACUAAACCAAGAUGAAGCUCCUCAUUGUAACACUUUGCGUUCUUACUUAUCUUAUCCCUGCUGCUCUAUCCCUCAAGUGUUAUGUGUGCAAUAAAAAAAAUGAAAACUGUAAGACUGGGGAGACCACGUGUAAAAGUUCACAAGACAGAUGCGGAAAAUCGAUUUUAAAUGGUGUGAUCAAUAAAAGUUGCACUACCAGCCAAGUGUGCAGUAAAGCCAAGGAAUUUUGCAAGAACCAGGAAAAGUGUGAAGCCUAUUGCUGUGACAGUGACCUGUGUAACGGAGGUGUGCCCCUGAAGCCUGUGACGUUCGUGACUCUCCUCGCCAUGGCUCUUGCCGUUGCUAAGUAUCUCAUCUAACCAUGACAACGUAGCAGUCAUUCACUUUUAAAAYGCAGCUAAKUUUUUAACAUAAAMAUUUUCUCGAUUAGAAAAUGAUUGUCAUUUCCAUUUUCACUUUYAUUCAAUUAUCGACURUGAACCGUUUUUAUCAUAAAAUUGUAAAACUAAUUGAAAAAUAAUUGAAUAAUUAGGUAUACAAAAUAAUUGCAUAUCAACCUUAAGAUUAUGUUAUUUUUGUUAUGUUCACUUUGUUGCUUUUUUGCUUGCUUUUUCAAUAAAUGAAAUAACAACCAAAUGUUGAAUUGAAACAAUUGUCUGAAAAAAUUACAAAGAAUGUAAGGUUACAAGGGAAAAUAAUUCUGGACCCAGUUGUUCAAAGCCCGAUUAGUGCUAAUCCUGGGUUAACUCUUAAUAACACCUAUAGAGUUAGUCCAAUAAUCCUGUUCGAAUUUGUCAGACUUACUAAUGUUGAGAUGCUUUCUCAAAUGACAAGGUAUUUUGUUCUAACAAGAUAAAUAAUCAAAACUCGCCCCAGUGUCUAUCAUUUCCAAAGUGAACAAUUGCAUGUUUUACUGGGAUACUUGUGGUUUCACAGUCAUAAAAUGUCUUUGGUUUCA